AUGACAAAAGAGAAAGUAGAAAAGAUAAAGCUUUUUAAGGAUGGGGAAGUUCUUGGUGGUAGCUUUGAUGGUGCUUUUGGGGGCAUUACCAUUUUCUGGAAUCUAAGGCAAAUUUCUGGGGAGCCUGUCAAGCAGGAUAGCAAUUUGGCUUUUAUCAGUAUUCAUCACAUUGGGGAUGGCACCUCUUUUCUCCUUACCAAUAUUUAUGCCCCUAAUAAUAGACUAGGUAGAAGUAAAUUUUGGAAGAAGAUGGAAGCUAUUUGGGCUCUUUAUAAGGAUGAUAUGUGGAUUGUUAUGGGGGAGUUCAACACCCCUCUCCGUGACAACGAGAAGUUUGGAGGUGUCCCUUCUCAGUUAGAUAGUAGAAUAGAUCUUUUGAACUUUAUCAACAACCAAGUUCUGCAUGAUAUUGAUCUCCGAGGGGCUAAUUUUACCUGGAUGAUCAAGAGGAUGGGGGAAGAUCUCAUUCAAAUCAAACUUGAUAGGGCCCUUAUUUCUAAUGAGUGGAUGUGGCUGGACCAUCCUAAUCUUGAGAAGGCCAUUGAGAUGUGGUGGUCUAUUGAUGUCAAAGGUAAUAUUAUGUAUAGAAUGGCUAAAACAUUAAGGUACACGAAAGAUAAUAUUAAAAAAUGUAACAAGGAGGUUUUUGGGGAUUUGUUUGCUGCCAAGUCCAAAACCCAGUUGGAACUCAAGGAAAUGCAGGAUAAAAUCCAAACUAGUGGAUACAAUGAAGAAUCAAUUAGGGAGGAAAAUUAA